AAUAAUUAAUUUAUAUUAAAAAAACAUUGGCUGGCGUGGGGUUAGUUAAAACUCAUAGCCCAUAGGUGAGCUGGAUCCACACUCAAUACAGCCAAAAUUAAAAUUGAAAGAAAAAAAGGAAAUUUUAAAAAAUUACCAAAAUCAAGAACAAUAAGAGAAACUCCUUCAAUGCCUUUAAUCCCAUAUAAAAAUUGCAGCAAGUUUAUGUUCAUCUUCUUCCCUUUUAUUCUUCCACCCCGAUCAUCCCUAUAAAAAAACAUGGGAAAAAUUCAAUCUUGAAAAAACCCCCUUUCAUUUUUUCUUUUCAGUUUCUUGAAUUUCCGUUGCCCGGCUAUAAAUUGUUGAAAUUAGCAUAUUUCCUAUCUGGGUUGUGUUAUUUGUAUAUAAGUAUUCAGUUUGUGUUCGGUGAUUUUUGAAGGAAAAGAUGCAUCUUGAAGUGAAUCCCGUGCCUUUUGCCGGUUCGACUGCUUCUUCAUGGAAGUCCGGCGGCGGCGGCGGAGUUGUUUCCGACCAGUUUCCGGCGGGUCUCAGAGUUCUUGUUGUUGAUGAUGAUCCCACUUGUCUCAGAAUCUUGGAGAAGAUGCUUCGGAAUUGCCUAUAUGAAGUUACGAAAUGCAGUCGAGCGGAGGUUGCAUUGAAGUUGCUUAGGGACAACAAAGAUGGCUUCGAUGUUGUUAUAAGUGACGUGCAUAUGCCGGACAUGGAUGGUUUUAAGCUUCUAGAACAUAUCGGACUCGAGAUGGAUUUGCCUGUCAUCAUGAUGUCGGCGGACGAUAGCAAAAGGGUGGUGAUGAAAGGCGUGACGCACGGUGCUUGCGACUAUCUAAUAAAACCGGUUCGAAUGGAGGCAUUGAAGAACAUAUGGCAGCAUGUGAUUCGCCGAAAGAAGCAUGAGUGGGGGGACCACAACGAGAAAGACGUCGAACAAUCGGGAAGCGUGGAAGAUGGAGAGAGGCAGCAAAAACAACUAUCCGAAAAUGAUGAUUAUUCUUCUUCGGCUAAUGAAGGGAGCUGUAAAAAUUCCAAGAAAAGAAAAAACGAAGACGAAGAAGGUGGAGAAAGGGAUGAAGAUUCGUCUUCGUCGAAGAAACAAAGGGUUGUUUGGACAACUGAGCUGCAUCAGCAAUUUGUGACAGCUGUUAAUCAACUCGGAAUCGACAAGGCUGUACCUAAGAAAAUCCUGGAUUUAAUGAAUGUUCAAGGCCUUACGAGAGAGAAUGUGGCAAGCCAUCUUCAGAAGUACCGUCUUUAUCUUAGAAGGCUAAGCGGACAGCACCAUAACGGAAUCGGAAACUCGUUUAUGGGUCCCACAGAUGCUACGUUUGGACAGUUGACCUCAGUCAACGGCCUCGAUCUUCAAUCUCUUGCUUCUUCUUCAAGUCAACUCUCGCCACUUGGCAGGUCAACUAAUAGAACCCCUGUUUCUGUGCCUUUAAAUGAUCCAAGAAACAUUUUCUCCUUCGAAAGUCCAAAUAUUAGGUUCGUACACGGUCAACAACAACAACAACACAACGGUGUUAAUCGAGGGAAUUUACUUCACGGUAUUCCGACGAAUAUGAAUAUGCCGAUCCACCCCCACUCAAGCCAAAGCAACUCGCUACUUACACAGAUGGUUCAACCACCACAACAGAGGAACCAGAUUUUCAACGAUGGAGUAUUUGGGCAGAACGGAAUUGACGGUUUUGCCCCUGCGUACACUUCUAUUCCCCAGCCCUCUAGUGUAGUAGAUUUUUCAAGAAGUCAACGCACGUUUUCAACACCUGUGAAUAAUAACUUUGGAAUUGCUGGUCUUGCCUCGUCUAAUAAAGGGAUGCUCCCGCAACACGAUAUUGGAUCGGAAAUCAAUGGCUUUGUUCCUACUUGUGAUGUGUUUACCGAUGUAAAUCAGAAUAAUAAUCGAACAGACGAUUGGGGAUUCCAAAGUGUUGGACCGACAACUUUUGAAGCUCCUCAGCAUUUGAAUGUACAAAGCGGAGGACUUGUCAAUAAUUCGAAUCUCGUCCCACAGAAUAUUCCGUCUGAUAGUUUAUCGAGAAUUAGGGGUGAAAGACUACCGGAUGUGGGAUUUCAGAAUAGCCUCUUUUCCGAUCAAGACGACGACUUAUUGAGCACAUAUAUCAAACAGAAUCAUCAAGACGGUUCGUUUGACAACGAGUUUGGCUUCGACGGAUACCCAUUGGAUGAUCUUCCCGUAUAGCUUACUGUAGUUAUAAGCUCUUUGUACAUAGUUUCCGUCACUUUUUUUUUUCUUUAAAAAAAUUAAUCCUUCAAGAAGUCGAAUCUUUCGUGUUAUUUUUAUUUUUGCAUAUAUCAGGUGGUGGAUCAUUCAUGAUUAAAAACAGAAGGAGAAACGGCACAAGAACGAACGCAUAGCUAUUAUCGGAAACUCCAUUUGCUUUUAGUAUUAGGUCGUUGUAGUUCAGUGAAGAUCGUGGUUUUUCGUGAUUGCCCUUUUUUUUUUAAUUUGGAAUUGUUUUUUUUUUUUUUUAUCAGCUAUCUGUAAAAACCUUGGCUCUUCUCUGAUUCAAUACAAAUAAGCUUCCGGUUU